AUGGGUCGAAAUUUUGCGAACAUGGGUGACCCUGCUUCUGCCUUUGAUGGCAAUCUCGAAAAUGAAACGUCGACGCCAACCUUAGAUGUCGAGUGGGAUGGCGACAGUCGGUUUUUGAUGAAUCAUUCCGUCAAGAACAUUUCUUGGAGUGGUUUCACCGUGACGGUCAAGGAUCGCCAGACAAAAAAGGCCAGGGAUCUGAUUCAUGAUAUUAGUGGUGAUGUCCAGCAAGGGGAGCUCGUGGCGUUGAUGGGACCCUCGGGCUGUGGAAAGACAACCCUGCUCAAUGUGCUUGCUCGACGGCCAGCUGCGUCCGGUGCCAAAGUGCUGGGUGACAGCUAUGUUAAUGGCGCCAAGGUGGAUAUUGGAUCAUUCGGUCGCAUGACAUCCUAUGUCGAGCAGGAAGAUGCUCUGAUUGGGUCAUUGACAGUCCGUGAAACGUUGAAGUUCGCGGCGGACCUCUCGCUGCCCAGCUCGGUCACCAAGCGCCAGCGCAUGGAUCGUAUACGGACACUUUUGGAGGCCUUUGGUAUCCAGAACCAGGCAAAUACCCUGGUCGGAACUCCUAUUCGGAAAGGUAUCAGUGGUGGGCAGAAACGACGUGUCAGUGUAGCCAGCCAACUCAUCACCUGUCCCAAAAUCUUGUUCCUGGAUGAGCCGACCAGCGGUCUGGACUCGACCGCCAGUUACGAGGUGAUGUCCUACGCGAAAGAGAUAGCACGGGCCAAUAAUAUCAUCAUCAUCGCGAGUAUCCACCAACCUUCGACGACCACCUUCCAGCUAUUUGACAAGCUGCUCCUCCUAUCCGGUGGACGGACAUGUUAUUUUGGCCCAAUCAACAACGUUUCAAGCUACUUCGGACAGAUUGGCCACCCGAUUCCCGCGCACACCAACCCAGCCGAGUUCCUGCUUGAUAUCGUCAGCUCGGACUUUGGCGGCGCAAAGGGGAAUGCUCAAGAACGAGUUCAGCAGAUUCAGAAUGCCUGGGCAUCCUCUGAGGAGUCUGAUAUCAUUGUAAGGCAUGUUUCCGAGCGGGCUCGUGAGUCUGAAAAAGCAGCGGGCGUGUUGUCUGCCGAGGAUAUGGCUCGUCCCGGGCCUGUCACCAUCACGGCUGCGCUGCUGCAUCGCUCAUUCAUCAAGAGUUACCGUGAUGUCGUGGCUUACGGAAUCCGAAUUGCGAUGUAUCUUGGUGAGUAUCUGCCACUGUCUCUUGUCAACACGAGCUAA